AGAGCCGGCAGCUCAUGAACGCUGCUGUCUGGGCAAAGGAAGAAGUUGGACAACUCUUGCAAUCUGACUGGAGUGGGACAAUCUCAAACGUCACAGUUAUUGAGUUCCGGGAAAUUGGCAGUUGUGUUACAGCAAGUCUGAUUACCGGUGUCGGCGCUGCCAAUUUGGCAACCACUUGGAUUCGUCAAACUAGACUAAACUUAGAAACUUGGAAAACUUAAUUUACUUGAAAAUAAAUCUACCAGCCCUCUCCCUCUCCCUCUCUCUCUCUCUCUCUCUCUCUCUCUCUGUUCUGCGGCCGACCAGGAGUUGGGGCUGAGUGCCAUUAUGAGAUGUCGUCUCUCAGUGCCUCCUUCGUGCAAAUCAAGUUUGAUGACAUCCACUUCUACGAGAACUGUGGCGGCGGCAGUUUCGGGAGCGUGUACCGAGCGAGGUGGAUCUCCCAGGACAAAGAGGUGGCGGUGAAGAAACUACUCAAGAUAGAGCAUGAGGCUGAAAUCCUCAGUGUGCUAAGCCACCGAAACAUCAUCCAGUUUUAUGGGGCGAUUCUUGAGGCCCCCAACUAUGGCAUUGUCACAGAGUAUGCGAGUGGGGGGUCCCUCUAUGACUAUCUGUCCAGUGACCAGAGCGAGGAGAUGGACAUGGAUCAGGCCAUGACGUGGGCUAUGGAGAUCGCUAAAGGAAUGCACUAUUUACACUCCGAGGCCCCCGUCAAGGUGAUCCACAGAGACCUCAAGUCCAGAAACGUGGUCUUGGCAGCAGACAAAGUCCUCAAGAUCUGUGACUUUGGGGCGUCCAGGUUCCUGUCCCACACCACACACAUGUCCCUGGUGGGGACGUUCCCCUGGAUGGCCCCCGAGGUGAUCCAAAGCCUGCCCGUCUCCGAGACCUGCGACACCUACUCCUACGGGGUGGUGCUGUGGGAGAUGCUGACACGAGAGAUUCCCUUUAAAGGUCUGGAGGGCCUCCAGGUGGCGUGGCUAGUCGUGGAGAAGAACGAGAGACUCACCAUUCCCAGUAGCUGCCCCAGCAGCUUUGCACAGCUGAUGAGGAAGUGUUGGGUGACUGAGCCCAAGGAACGACCCAUGUUCAAAGAAAUCCUCUCAAGCCUGGAGUCAAUGUCCAAAGACAGCAAGCUUCCUCAACAGUGCAACACUUUCUUGCACAACAAAGCAGAGUGGAGGUGUGAGAUCGAGGCCACUCUGGACAGACUGAAGAAGCUGGAGAGAGACCUGAGCACCAAGGAGCAGGAGCUGAAGGAGCGAGAACGACGCCUGAAGAUCUGGGAACGCAAGCUGAUCGACCAGUCCAACACCCCGCUCUUCCUCCCCGUGGCAGCAAAGAUUAGCGCAGAGUCGUUCUUUGAGUCAAAGACGGAGGAGUCGAACAGUUCGGAGAUGUUGUGUCAGGUCUCCACCACCUCCAGUAACGGGGAGGUGGACGGGCUGAGCCUGCAGGCCAUGAUGAAGGGCUUUGGGGACAUGUUUGCCCUGGACGUGGGCGGCCCGGUGCUCCACUCCGGCAUGCAGGUGAACAUGCAGGCCAAGCAGAACUCCUCCAAGUCCAGCUGUGUCAGAGAGGGCCACAAAAUCAACAUGGAGAUGGGACAAUUCCGCUGGUCGGACGACAGCGACUAGGGCUCUCUGUUUGGCUGUGCCGCGCGAGGGGGGUGGGGGGGGGGGGGGUCACACCAGCCGUCUCGCCUCAAACUACCAUCCUGCAUUUCACAUCGUGGGUGUUGUGGACAUAAGCUUUGUCCUCGAACUGGUUCGACAAAACUCAGCCCGUUUGGUCAUUCAUUACGUUCGCUCUUUCCUUAAUCUUGUUUUCUUUUUUCUUCUUCACUAUACUGACAAUACAUUUUCCUCAGUUGUGUUAUUCCUUCCAAAGACACCGGUUGUUGCAUAGCGAUGUACUAUACUCACAAGCAGAACCUAUUGGAACCCCUAAGCCCACUCGGUCCUCACAGGUGUCAUUUAUGCCUAAUGUACCGGAGGUAUAGUCCCAUGCUGUGAAGAAAGAGCCGUGCCACGCUGUCGCAGAGAGGAGGCAAAGCUUUUAUAAUGAAGUGACAUUUUGCUGACAUUAAGAUUGGCCAAUUUGUUCUGUAUGUGGUGGAGUGCAGUCACUGAGACGCAGUCUCGCGCCGGGAGGAGAAAGCACAUCUUGUGUGUCCCCCCCCCCCGGCUGACCUGGAGUCAUGUCACCAGCAGAACAGAGAGACGCCGCCGCCGCGCUCAAUGUCCCCGGGAAAACCGGAAAACGGGCGAGAUCUGGAUUUCCAGCUACAUCGUAUAAUCGGUUUAUAUAAAUUGGGAUGUCUGUAUCAAAUAGCUUCAUUCUGGGGUCGCCCGUGAGCUGAAUGUCAUUGCCUCGACUGGCCAAUGUUAUCCACUCCCAAAAGAGCCAUUAUUCAAUCGCUUACGGUUGUAGUUUAGAUGUAGCUUUCAUGUAAACUGUCUUAAACAUUAAUGAAGGCUCUGACUAGCGGAAGAGGCAUUCUGAGGUGAUAUGCCCUAAAUCAACAAGUUCAGAGUAUUGAAAUCUUGUUCUAACAAUAAAAAGGAUCGAAUCACACAAACAUCGACCGACACAGACUGUAACACAUGCAAACACUUCCUAGUGUGAAAGUCAACCACUUUCAAGGGUAUUUUUGAUAUGUAGCGUUAGCUGUCAUACUUGUCAUAGUUAAAUGCAGGAUUCUUGUUAAAGCUUAAGCAUCUUUAUUAGUAUUGGUCCAUUACUAUUCCUAAGUUUCAGAUGUGCCAUCAGAACACGGGGCACAGCACACACCGACAGCUUCCACGAGCUCUUUGCUUAUUGUCUUUGUUUCUUUUUCAAUAAACUUUUCUCGUUAUAUAAUCAACCUUCUUGCUUUACGUCUUUGUGAUCUCUCUCUGUGCUCAUCUGUCCUUGUGAGUCCAGAUCAUCAACGUUAGACUCGAUGUUCCUCGAUGUUUCAGUUUUACAUUUGCGCCUGACAACAAGAAGAUAGCAGGGAUCCAAUCCGACCAUCAACUGUACAACAACAUGUCUUUAUAAUCAAACUGGUUAAGUUUCCAGGUUUCUAAUCUGUCCUUCAACUCCCCUGGUUGUGUUCUGUUUAUUCUCAUGGGUACAUUGUGCUCCCUUUCCACAUGGGGGCAGGAUUGUUUGAACUACUAAACUCCCCUUGACUGUGAAAGGCAUUUCGAUUACCGUGCAUUUCUGCUGACUUUCCCCCUGCCCUCACUGCUGAGAUCUGUUUCCCUUUGUCAACAGCAUGCUUUGGAUUUUAAUAAAAGUAGGAAGGCAUGUCAUUUGUGAAAUACAAUAUGGCUGCUCGAAAUGUAAUAUUAUGUCACUCUAAUUAGGCCGUAUCUGUAAUGGAACUUUGGCAGUGGGGGAGUGUUUUUGAAUGUGUUUACUUCCUAACCUUACCCCUGGAGUAGGCGGGAAACUGCAGCUGGGGUGAGAGAGUUUAGAAACGUCUGGCGGCCCUGAAGUCUAUGGCGCUGAUUCUGAAAUGGCCCCUUUGAAUGUGGAUCUGUUGAGAUUGGCAUUCGUCUCGUACUCGGCGCUGUUGUCAGAUGCCGUGGGAAGCAAAGAGUGAAUGCGGGAGAUUAGUCAUUCAUCUACUCAUCUUCCCCUCUGCUCCUCUCCGUACGGUCUCUGCCACCACACACUAGCCUCCAGAUCAUUAUGAUCAAGUCCUUAUUUUGGCUGGCGUAUUUGUGCCAGAUCCUAAUGUAACGAGCGAGACAUGAUUUAUCAUUCAAAUGGGUUUACAGCAGAGACGUCGGGUGGAGAGGUUCGUCUCUGGGGUGGGCCUUCAGCAACACUACUUCUCAAUAUUUGUUUUCUCAAACUCUGGAACUGGACUGCAUUCAACUAGAAUAUCUAUCAUUUAAAAAAAUCUAGAUUAUGUUGUAAGAAUCACUAGCUAAAUGGUGGCGUUUGGGGAGAGAAACCUUCCUGUAUGUUCUGGCUCGCUGCUGUAGUCAGCUGUGUCCAUCAGGUUGCUGUGCACGAAUGCUUAACGCGAGACCUCAAUCAGAACACAAACAUCUAGGGGCACAUGCAAAUACACAGGCGCUGUUUGGAAAUGUGCCGAUUACAUAUGGAAAUGUGGACCUGAGCAGCAUUCCUUUGUGCUAUUCCUCUUAGUCCUCUGUUUGUC